AUGGCCGAAGCAGCAAAGCGAGCAAGCGCGCUCAGGCCGCUCACCCUUCCCGUGUUCGUCGAAGCUACAUCACAAGCCAGCAAGGACUACACACCGGAGCGCGACGAACGCGGAUACACCAUUCUGCAGAACGAUGCACGAUUCGACGUCACGCCCAAGCCGUUCACCGACAACGAUGAAGCUGAUGGUGGACGCGCCCGCAAACACCGGAUUAGCUACCUUGAGGGCAUUCGCGGCCUUGUGGCCUUUCAAACCCUUCUUUGGAUUUUCUUCCGCCUUUUUGCUCCAGCGAUCGUGACCGACCGCGACUUUGACGGCACCUACCCCGCUGCGUUCACAAAGACAUGUCCACAAUGGAUGAACGUGCUCCGCAAGACGCUCAGCCCGCUCUUUUUCAAUGGUAGCUUUCAAGCAAACAUGUACAUUAUUUUGAUGGGUCGAGUUGCUAUGCAGAGCUUCAUCGAGAGGCGAAGUGGCCUCACCCUUGCUGGACCUGGCCUUCGCCGCCCAUUCCGCCUCAUCCUGCCUCUCGCCAUUGCUUUGGCGCUUACUUCGGUAGUGGCAGUCCUGGACGGCUUCAAGUAUGCGCCUAUGAUGGCAGACAAGCUGGACAACCCACUUGCUCAACCUCCUAAAGUCUGGAGCUCGACAGUCGAAUACGUUAAUACCGUGGUUUCGUUUGUUUUUGCACCUUACGCCUAUACCACCUCUGUGGCGAGCUCCUACAUGCCUCCUGGAGGCAUCAUGUGGUUCACUUCGGUCGUCUUCCAGCAGACUUACGUCCUUACCGUCUAUGCGUGGUGCGUGCCGUUCACCAUCUUCCGAUGGAAAAACAUCGGGCUAGUCACUUUCAUCGUGCUCUCUGCCUGGAUGGGUCGAUGGUCUUGGUACACGCUUACUGGCCUUGCCAUCGCCGAAUACUCGACGGUCUACAAGCAGCUGCUGCCCAAGGAGGGCAUCCCGUUGAACUCGAACAAGACCAAGUUCCUCAAUGCUAAGCUCAUUCCGGUGCUCUUUGUCGUCCUCGGUCUUGUUCUCAAGUACAUCUGGAUCGCUGCCAUCCCUAGCAAGUUUUUCAACGACUACAUUGGCCACAUUGAUCUCAACACGGGUUCACUCAACCGUCACUGGGACUACAACAACAUUGCAUACCCUCGAUGGGAUGACUGGCUCCUCGCUACUGGCCUCCUUGUCCUGGUCGAGCUUAGCCCAGCGCUUCAGAGGGUGUUCUCUGCCAACAUUCUCACCUACUUUGGCCGUCUUGGCUUUUCGAUUGCCUUGGUUUCGGGCACUGUGAUGCUUAGCGUUGGUAGUCUGUUCUACAACCACCUUACCGAAAGCCUUGGCUGGACAAGUCCCGCUCAGAUCACGGCUGCGCUCUUCUUCACCAUGGUGCCGCUCUCCAUCUUGGCUUGCGACGUCUGGUCGCGAGUCGUUGACGACGGCUGCCUGGCUUUCGCCAGGGGCGUAUUCCACUUCAUGCGUACGUGA